AUGACAGGCCGGGAGGAGCCCGCCGAGGGCAGAGCCAAGGGGAAGGCGCUGGUGCCCGGCGCUGCCAGCGAGAAGGCGGCCCGGCUGGGCGCCCCGGCCCUGCGCUCCAAGGGCUUCGCCAUCACCGACCUGCUGGGGCUGGAGGCCGAGCUGCAGCCGCCGGCCGCCCCCGUGGCCGGCGCGGGAUGCGAGGGCGCCGGGGCCGGACUUGCGGGGGUGUCUCUGAGCGGCGGCUCCUUGCCCCUGGGCUUGGGCUUCCUCUGCGGCUUCGCGGCGCCGCCCCCGGCCGGAGCCCCCUGCCUGCUCCCGGCGCACGUCCCCUUCCUGCAGCCCCGGCCGGAGUUGCACCGGCACCCCGGGUCGCCCGCUGGCGGGCGCCAGGACAACGUCUCGGACGAGGACAGCCUGUCCGGGGACAAGGGCGAGCUGAAGACAUCGACUUCCCAGAUCAAGAGGAAGAAGCGCCGGCAUAGGACGGUCUUUACUGCUCACCAGCUGGAGGAGUUGGAAAAGGCUUUCAGUGACGCUCAUUACCCAGAUGUGUACGCCCGGGAAAUGCUAGCUAUGAAAACAGAGCUGCCGGAGGACAGGAUCCAGGUCUGGUUUCAGAACCGAAGAGCCAAGUGGAGGAAGCGUGAGAAGUGCUGGGGCAGGAGCAGUGUCAUGGCCGAGUACGGUCUCUAUGGGGCCAUGGUGAGGCACUCCAUCCCUCUACCCGAGUCAAUCAUCAACUCAGCCAAAAGUGGGCUGGUGGGCUCCUGUGCUCCUUGGCUGCUUGGGAUGCAUAAAAAAUCCAUGGAUGUUACAAGAAAGCCAGAGAGCGAGGAGAAGAUGACAGGCAGCUGGAGACUGGAAGGUCCUGAGGAGGAAUUAAAAAUGAAGCCAGCAGAUCACCAGAGAAGCUCUGGUGACAAAUUCAGCUCUAUGGACAAUUCAGAAGAUACAGCGAUUGACCUCUCUAGCACAGCAAAGCAAGAGAACAGGAGCGCUUUGAGGCAAUGUCUCAAAGGAGACCUCCAGACAGAUGGGAAGGACAAUGAUCACUAAACUCAGGGAGCAGGGGAGGGGCGGGGUGUUAGGAAAAUGAGCCCCCUUAACACUUUGGAAAGAUAGGACUAUUUAUUCAUUAUUUUUUCAAACAAUUAAUACACAAUUUUACAUGAAUAUGAGACAUUUUAAAACUGGAUCCAGCCAAGAUUCCCUCCCCCACAACUUUAAAGCUGUUUGUUAGUAAUAAACAGGGCUGAGGGAAAGGUUUUAAAAUGUUGAUGUGAAAAUGUCACUGGUUUUUGGGCAGCUCUAGUGAUAAAUCAGGAAAACCUCCCUUUCAUUCUGUAACACAAACAACUGAAAGACACUUCUGCCAGCUAAACAGGACUAUGACUGAGAGUGGAGCUAUUCCUUCUGGACCCUAUUUGGCGAAAAGAUGGUGCAGGACUUAACAGAACCUUUAUUUCCAAAGUUACAUUCCAGCGUUUACUGUGAUGUACUGGGUAAGCACCAACGUGGCAAUUCUCAGUGUUUAAAAUAUGCAACUGUUCAGCCUCAAGAAGAAGCAGAAGGUAUUUUUAAAAACUGUGGAUCAGUUUUUCAGCUCUUGUAAGUUGACAUAGUGCCAUUGACUUCAAGAGAGCCAGGCCAGUUUACACCAGCUGAGGAGCUGUGUAUCAGUCAAUACAGCCUUAUAAAUGAAUUACACUGUGUAUUUUACUUAGAACUUGUAUCGUGCGUGCGGGGGGAUAUGGGGGGAGGGAUAUUUUAUGCAAUAAUUUUGUACGCUUUUGAAUGUUAUUUGAUAUACUAUGCAUAAAAGAACUCACACCUUUAUGAAAAUCAAGCCAUAGCACCCCUAAGAAAUUUUAUGCUAUUUUGUGAAUUGUCAUAGGAGACUAUUUUGUAAUUCUUAAAUGUCCAUAAAACAGUGUUAAUGUCAGAUCUAUUUCUUGGUCUUUUUAUAUUUUUGUCUAAAAGCACUUUAGUUAUCUGAAUUUUCUGAAUGUUGCUCUUCCU